AAGAGGCCUCAGCAGUCCCGACCCGCGGCUGAGGGCUCCGGGGCGCGGUGCUAGCCCUGCCUGCCAGACAACCCAAGAGCCGAGGAUCCCCGACAGCAUCACACGGCGCUGGAGGGCGGGUCUUGAUUUGGAUGAGGCUGAGAAGGGAAUGCGGCCGGCAUGUUGAACCCACACGCCUUAGACUCCCCUGCUGUGAUUUUUGACAAUGGCUCGGGGCUCUGCAAAGCGGGCCUGUCCGGGGAGUUUGGACCCCGGCACGUCGUCAGCUCCAUGGUGGGGCACCCCAAAUUCCAGAUGCCCUCGGCAGGAGCCCACCGGAAGAAGUACUUUGUGGGGGAGGAGGCCCUGUACAAGCACGAGGUCCUGCAGCUGCACGCCCCCAUCGAGCGCGGCCUGAUCACGGGGUGGGACGACAUGGAGAGACUCUGGAAACAUCUCUUCGAGUGGGAGCUGGGCGUGAAGCCCAGUGACCAGCCCCUGCUCACCACGGAGCCCUCCCUGAACCCCAGGGAGAACCGCGAGAAGAUGGCAGAAGUCAUGUUUGAGAAGUUCAGCGUCCCUGCCUUCUACCUGUCGGACCAGGCAGUGCUGGCUCUCUACGCCUCGGCCUGUGUCACCGGCCUGGUGGUGGACAGCGGGGAUGGGGUCACCUGCACCGUCCCCAUCUUCGAGGGCUACUCCCUGCCCCACGCAGUCACCAAGCUCCACGUGGCCGGCAGGGACAUCACGGAACUCCUCACGCGGCUGCUCCUGGCCAGCGGCCACACCUUCCCCUGCGUGCUGGACAGGGGCCUUGUGGACGACAUCAAAAAGAAGCUGUGCUACCUGGCCUUGGAGCCCGAGAAGGAGCUUUCCCGGAGGCCAGAGGAGGGCCUGAGGGAGUACAAGCUGCCCGACGGGCACAUUGUCAGCCUCGGGGACCCGCUGUACCAGGCGCCCGAGGCCCUGUUUGCUCCGGAGCAGCUGGGCGGCCAGAGCCCCGGGCUCCCGAGGAUGGUGUCCUCCAGCAUCACCAAGUGUGAUGCCGACAUCCAGAAGAUCCUCUUUGGGGAGAUUGUGCUGUCGGGGGGCACCACCCUGCUCCACGGGCUGGACGACCGGCUUCUCAAGGAGCUGGAGCAGCUGGCCUCCAAGGGGACCCCCAUCAAGAUCACGGCUCCCCCUGACCGGUGGUUCUCCACCUGGAUUGGAGCCUCCAUCGUCACCUCUCUGAGCAGCUUCAAGCAGAUGUGGGUCACCGACGCAGAAUUCAAGGAGUUUGGGCCCUCUGUGGUGCAGAGAAGAUGCUUCUGAGGGGUGCUGCUCUCGGGCCCGGUGGGGAGAGAACCCGAGGCCCUGUUUUGGGAAACGUUCAAUAAACGGCAGAUGCCGG